AUGGCUCCAUUACAACAAGGAUUGCAACAAGACAUUACAACUCGACGAAACAGACCCAAGUAUCUGUAUGAGGGUGCUUUGUACGUCUACCAUGGGAUGAGCUCAAAAAAGGAUGCAAAGUACUGGCGAUGUGAAUUUUUUAAUGCAAGAGAUAUUAAAUGCAGAGGUUUUUUCUUGUCUUAAAUUUAAGUUUAACUGCUCUAGGACGUCUACACACUGAUCUUAAUGAUGUUGUCAUACGCCAAAUUGGUGAUCACGUUUGCAAUCACAAUGC